UCAUCCAGCAGAGGGAGUUGCUGUCUACGUGUGGUCCUCUUUUCGUUUCCAUGGUUACAAAAGAGCCUCGCACUAACACAGACGGGAGCGGCUUUUGAUAACGUGCAAGGGAUUAUGUCAGCGGUUCACGGCCAAGCGGUUGAUCUACAACAGGCCAGCCAGUUGUGGUCUAUGCUUGAUGAGAUGUCCGAUAAUGAUCCCGAAAGCUACCGUACAUUCAUACACCGACAGCUUAAAGAGGGCGCCGAGUUCUGCGCCCCACCUCAAGCAUACGCUUGCAUACGCACGGUUGUACAGGAGCCGAAGGAAGGGCUUCUCUACAUCAACCUGUGCAGCUGGAAACGAAUCCCUGCGCCCAAGGGCCAUUCCCAGCCUGUUCCUGUAGGUGGAGGGAGACUGGAGACAUUGUCAGAUGACAGCGAGACCUACAGCGUGGUGGAUGUUGCCUUUAACCCCAGCGUGCUGCAGGGGGUGCAGGAGAGCCCACAGGAGAGGGACCAGCUCCACCUCCUGGCCCUCAGCUUCAUCCAGCAGCAGCAUGGCCUACGCCUGUCCCAGGACUACACCCUGCUCAGCGGCAGACUGAAAGGCACUGGCCAAAGCUUGAGACUCCGCCUGGCGUCUAAACGCCAGGAUACCCCGUCUGCUCCUGCCCCCAAAUCCCCUUCAGGCUCCUCUCUCCUCCAGCAGAUCUCCUCUCUACGAGGGGAGCAGGGGGAAAGCGAGGACAGCCCUCCUAUCCAGCUGACCCCACAGAACCGGGCUGGCCCAGCGAAGCCGGCUCUCAUCCAGGUCAUCUCCAGCACGGAGUCCGCCCAGCCGCGGCGCCCAAGUCACCAGCUCAGCACCGCCACGGACGCUAACGGGACCACCAAGGCCGUCCGGCUGACCGUGGAGCUGCCCGGCGUCCGCUCCAUGUCCGAGUGCCAGCUCAGUUUAUCCCAGGAUGAUGUGUUGCUGGAGGUUGGGGACACGUACCACCUGCAUCUGGAGCUACCGGAGGCAGUAAGAGAGGAGGAGGCCAGCGCAGUCUUUAACAGGAAGAAACGCACACUGUCCGUCACCAUGCCUGUGCUGUAGACAUUCCCUGCCCUGCACAUACCGCUCUGCAAACACAAUGCCAUUUUGGACUGCUUACAAAGAUUUGGGCCAAAAAUAGGAAUCCCCCUCGCUCUGGAGAACAGUAUUGUACAUAUACCCCCUACAUAUACACUUCAAAUAUUCUUUCAUAAACAUGGCAAGAGCAUUUGAAGUAUUAUUCAUCUGUAAUCUCUAGUUUGCAUUACAUUUUUAGCCUCCAGUUUUGGAAAAAACAUAUCACCUCAGUUGUCUGGCUCAGUUGAGAAGAAAUUGCAUCUUCCACAAAUGUAAUAAAAGUAAUCAGUAAAAUGAGAACCAAACACCGAUCAUUCCCCACUCUCCCACAGACUAAGUUCAUAAUGAUAUGCUUCAUACAAAUCCCUGGGAUAAAUGUUUAAUUUUGAUCCAUUAGCCCUUAUUUGUAUGAGAAGUAAAACAUCUGAACUCUGAUUUUUCCACACUUUUAUUGGAACUCUUUUUGUAACUUGCAUAGUUUAUAGUUUCAUAUGUUAAUUACAUAUGAAAGUAAGAAAUAUAAAUAUUUGUUACAUUGUUAAACCCCUGUGUUGAAUUUUAUUUAUUUUGCCACUUGUGGUUAUGUUCUAAUUGUAUGUAUGGCUUUUUACAAUUUCUUUCCUAGCUUUAUUCAGUAUAAUUAAACCAUUUCACAGAUGCAGUAUUGUGUAGACAGAAAUUAUAGCUUAUCUAAGUUCCUAGAGAUCUAUAUUUACGGUAGGGUUUAUCUUUAAGCAUUAUUUCUCUCCAAACACUUAUUUCGAAAGAUGGGGACAUUUUUUAUUCUUUGAUUAUAAUAUAUUUUGGUGAGUUGCUCAGUGGUAUUUUACUUAGUGUUUUCAGUCUUUUGUGUUGCAGUAACCCCCAAAGGGGGGGGGGGGGUGUCAGGUAUUAUUAAAGGUGUGGUCAAAUCACAACCAAUUUCUUUACCAUCUCUCUUAUAUAUUUUUUGUAACUGAAUCAAACUGAAUUUAACAGUAGACGGUUUUGUAUUUUCCUUAUCUGUGGAUAGUCAUUGGGUCUCAUUCACAAAACAUUUCUUAAAUUAAUCUUGAUUUUGUUGUUAAAAUGUAUGUACAAAAAACCAGUAUGGGAUUCAUGACACAUGUGCAGACACAUUAUGCAUAUCCCAGGUGUAUGGGAUUAUGAAUACUGACAGUUUGCAAAUUUUAUGCCCAAUCCUGUUCAAGUGAUUAGCAUAAGGAAACAAAUAAAAAUGAUGAAUACUGAAA